UCUAAGACCUGGACCUUGCCCUGCAAUGUGGCUUCUUCUUGCUUUCGUCUUGCUGGUGUCUGCAGCGCAGGAUGGUGACAAGGAGCUAGAAGGCGAGGAGUGUGUGCCUCAUUCGCAGCCUUGGCAAGUGGCCCUCUUCGAACGCGGCCGUUUCAAUUGCGGUGCUUUCCUCAUCUCCCCGCACUGGGUGCUGACUGCUGCCCACUGUCAAACCCGCUUCAUGAGAGUGCGUCUGGGCGAACACAACCUUCGCAAGUUCGACGGCCCAGAGCAACUGCGCUCAGUCUCUCGCAUCAUCCCACAUCCGGGCUACGAGGCUCGCACCCACCGCCAUGACAUCAUGCUGUUGCGACUUUCCCAGCCUGCCCGGCUGACACCCCAGGUGCGUCCUGUGGCGCUGCCCACACGUUGCCCCCUUAUCGGUGAGGACUGCGUGGUGUCAGGCUGGGGGCUGUUAUCCGACAACAAGCCUGGGGCCACAGGGAAUCACAAGUCACAAGUGAGACUCCCCGAUACGUUGCAUUGUGCCAACAUCAGCAUUAUCUCUGAGGCAUCUUGCAACAAGGACUACCCGGGUCGCGUGUUGCCCACCAUGGUGUGUGCCGGUGUCGAGGGCGGUGGCACGGACUCCUGUGAGGGUGACUCUGGAGGACCCUUGGUCUGCAGGGGUGCCCUGCAGGGCAUUGUAUCCUGGGGUGAUGUUCCCUGUGACACUACCACCAAGCCUGGAGUCUACACAAAGGUCUGCAGUUAUUUGGAGUGGAUCCGGGAAAAUAUGAGAAGGAACUGACUCAUUGGCCCACCACCUACAUCCCUCAUGGACCACCUGGGACUCUGAC